AUGCCACAAACAUUGGAAGCAAUAAAGCAUGCUAAGGAUGCUGAAGUACGCGAUUCUCUCAUGAGGCAUGGUAUAGAACUUGAAGAGUUUGUAGGUGAUACUCAAUGUGUUGAAAUCUCUGCCUUAACUGGAAAAGGUUUGGAUACAUUAGAAGAAGCUAUAAUAGCAUUGGCAGAGUUAAAUGACUAUCGUGCUGAAGUUGAUAUUGAAGCAGAAGGUGUUAUUAUUGAAUCACAAAUAGAAAAAGGCAAAGGGCAAGGCGAUGUUAUUGUAGCAGGCACUAGUUGGUGUAAAGUUCGAAUGAUGAGCGAUUAUAAAGGGCAAUCGCUUAAGCAAGCACCACCUGGCACUCCCGUAAAAGUCAUGGGUUGGAGGGAAACGCCAAAUUCUGGUGAUGAAGUCCUUCAGGCUAAAGAUGAAGAACUUGCUAAAACUGUAGUUGCUAAUCGAUUGAGAAAGAUAGAACGUGAAAAGCAGAUAAAAGAUCUAGAAGUUAUUAAUGAAAAGAGGAGGCAGCGUGAUGUAAGUGGAUCAAUUGAAGCUAUCAUCGAUUCCCUAGAUUCUAUUGGGAACAAAGAGGUUCACGUGAAUGUGGUAGAUUCUGGAGUGGGUGAUGUUAGCGAGUCAGAUGUUCAAAUGGCUGCUGCAGCACAGGGAGCAAUAUUAGGAUUCAAUGUUAAGGUUGACAAGAGAGCAAGUUCUUUAGCUCAAACAGAACAUGUUGAAAUAAUGUGUUACAAUAUCAUUUAUAAACUUUUGGAUGGUAUAAAAAACAGGUUAAGUAAGAUGUUACCACCUGUAUUGGAAACAAGUAUUACAGGUGAAGCAACAAUAUUACAGGUUUUUCAAAUAAAUGUUAAAAGUAGAGAAUUUAGGCCAGUGGCUGGUUGUAGAAUUGUUAAUGGAACAAUUUUUAAGAAUCAACAAGUGAGAAUAAUAAGAAAUAACAAACAAAUAUGGGAAGCUUCUGUCUUAAAAAUAAAAAUAGGUCCAUUAGAAUCAUUAAAACACAUAAAAAAAGAUAUUAUGGAGGCGAAGAAAGGAUUAGAAUGUGGUAUAUCAUUUGAGGGAUUUACAGACUUUAAGGAAGGGGAUUUUAUUCAAAGUAUAGUCGUGAAGGAAAUACCACGUACUUUAUAA